CAAGCUUAACGCACCCUUCCUAUUCCAUCGUCACUAUGGAGAAUAACUCUAGUGAUGCUUUGGUGAAUGCUGCAAGCAAUGACCAACGUGUUGAUGCCGCCCGCCUUCAAAUGGAUAACGAUCGAUUGAACGAUCGAUACAAUCGAGCGAAAGAACUACUUGAGAACGAUAAAAAGGUGGUGCCUCCUUUCUGGGUGAGCAAGUACAAAAAGGAAGCAGCCAGAAACUGGGACUUGUUUUAUAAACGCAAUACAACCAAAUUCUUUAAAGAUCGCCAUUGGACCGAGAGAGAAUUCGAGGAAUUAGCCGAUCGGUCAAAAAAGCAAACAUGUCUAGAAAUCGGCUGUGGCGUUGGCAACUUCCUUUUCCCGAUCCUUGCAGAGAAUAGCAACAUCUUUAUCUAUGCUUGCGAUUUUUCAAAACGAGCGGUAGACAUGGUCAAGAGCAACGAGCAAUACGAUGAAUCCAGAUGCAAAGCCUUUGUAUGCGAUAUUACCGCGGAUGCGCUGACAGAUAAUAUACCUCCCGAGACCGUGGAUUUGGUGUCUGCCAUUUUUGUGUUCUCCGCCAUCCCUCCAGAGAAAUUAGGUUUGGCCAUACGCAACGUGUAUAAUAUUCUGAAACCGGGAGGAUGUAUCCUUUUCCGAGACUAUGGUUUAUACGAUGAGGCACAGCUCAAAUUCAGCGCAGCGUCUGAUAAAAAGCUGGAUGAAAACCUUUACGUGCGACAAGAUGGAACAAUGAGCUACUUCUUCUCCGUGGAAGAUCUUCAACAGCGGUUUGAAGCUGAAGGUUUCCAGACAUUAAAGAAUGAGUACAUUUACCGAGAAACAACCAAUCGGCGACUAGAGUUAAACGUCGAUCGCAUUUUUGUUCAAGCCAAAUUUCAAAAACCAUAGACCCACCCUCUUUAGCAUAUAUUUAAAUCAAUAAUAGAACCACUACUCUGAUCAUUACUGUCGUCCAUACUCGAAUCUCAUCCCAAGGGUGCCGAGGCGUUGGUGGAUCAUCCCUUUUAUCAGA